AAUAAAUUAUUUUUCGUACUGCUAAACCCCAAUUCUCAAUCGAGGAUGGUGCGGCGUAGACCAACGUUAGCUUUUCUGCUAUAAAUCUCUAUUCAGUUCUAGCUUAAGCAGAUCUGUGGAAGAGACAGAGAAAGAGAGAGAGCUAUGGCUGAAGAAGAGAAAAUACCACUUCUGAAACCCUACAAAAUGGGCAAAUUUAAUCUCUCUCACAGAAUAGUAUUGGCACCACUGACAAGGUCAAGAUCUUACGGGAAUGUCCCACAACCUCAUGCCAUCCUCUAUUACUCUCAGAGGGCAACAAAGGGAGGUCUUUUAAUAGCUGAAGCUACAGGGGUUUCUGAUACUGCUCAAGGGUACCCAAGCACUCCAGGAAUAUGGACCCAAGAACAAGUGGAAGCCUGGAAACCUAUUGUUAAGGCUGUUCAUGACAAGGGUGGUAUCUUCUUCUGCCAAAUAUGGCAUGUUGGAAGAGUCUCAAAUAAUGGUUACCAACCAAACGGACAAGCACCUAUAUCGAGUACUGAUAGAGCAGUCCCUCCUCAAAAACAACAUGAUGACACUGUGGAAGAGUAUUCUCCUCCACGGCGCUUGACAACCGAAGAGAUCCCUCUAAUUGUUAAUGAUUUCAAACUUGCAGCAAGAAAUGCGAUUGAAGCUGGUUUUGAUGGGGUAGAGAUCCAUGGGGCACAUGGUUACAUAAUAGAACAAUUCAUGAAGGAUAGUGUAAAUGAUAGGACUGAUGAAUAUGGUGGAAGCAUAGAAAAUCGAUGUCGAUUCGCCCUCGAAGUCGUCGAGGCAGUCGUUAAUGAGAUCGGCGCUGAACGUGUGGGCAUUCGACUCUCUCCUUUUGCUGAUUACAUGGAAUGUUGGGACUCAAAUCCCGAACAAUUGGGACUUUACAUGGUACAAUCAUUGAAUAAAUAUGACAUUCUAUACUGCCAUAUGAUCGAGCCAAGAAUGUCAAUUAUUGAUGGUAGAAGGCAGAUUCCUCACCGCUUGCUGCCUAUCAGAAAGGCUUUCAAGGGUACUUUUAUUGCUGCAGGAGGAUAUGAUAGAGAUGAAGGCAAUAAGGUGGUGGCUGAGGGUUACACUGAUUUAGUAACAUAUGGGAGGCUAUUCUUAGCUAAUCCAGAUUUGCCAAGAAGAUUUGAGCUGAAUUCUCCUCUCAAUAAGUACAAUAGAGUAGUAUUGGCACCACUAACAAGGUCAAGAUCCUAUGAAAAUGUCCCACAACCUCAUGCCAUCCUCUAUUACUCUCAGAGGACAACUAAGGGAGGGUUUCUAAUUGCUGAAGCAACUGGAAUUUCUGAUACUGCUACAGGGUACUCAAGCAUUCCAGGAAUAUGGACCAAAGAACAGGUGGAUGCCUGGAAACCCAUAGUUAAGGCAGUGCAUGACAAGGGUGGCAUCUUCUUUUGCCAAAUAUGGCACACUGGAAGAGCCUCCACUUAUGAUUACCAACCAAAUGGACAAGCACCUAUAUCAAGUACUGAUAAGCCUAUUCCUCCCCAAAAACAAGACGAUGACACCAUGGUGGAGUAUUCUCCUCCACGGCGUCUGGCGGCUGAAGAGAUCCCUCUAAUUGUUAAUGAUUUUAGACUUGCAGCAAGGAAUGCAAUUGAAGCUGGCUUUGAUGGGGUAGAGAUCCAUGGUUCACAUGGUUUCUUAAUAGAACAAUUUAUGAAGGAUAGUGUAAAUGAUAGAACUGAUGAAUAUGGUGGAAGAAUAGAAAAUCGGUGCCGAUUCACCCUUGAAAUCGUCGAGGCAAUCGUCAAUGAGAUCGGUGCGAAACAAGUAGGCAUUCGACUCUCUCCUUUUGCUGAUUACAUGGAAUGCUGGGACUCAAAUCCGGAACAAUUGGGGCUUUACAUGGUGCAAUCAUUAAACAAGUAUGGCAUUCUAUAUUGCCACAUGGUUGAGCCAAGAAUGUCACUUGUUGAUGGUAGAAUGCAGAUUCCCCAUUGUUUGCUUCCUAUGAGAAAGGCAUUCAAUGGUACUUUUAUUGUUGCAGGAGGAUAUGAUAGAGAUGAAGGUAAUAAGAUGGUGGCUCAGGGUUAUACUGACUUAGUAGCAUAUGGGCGGUUGUUCUUGGCUAAUCCAGAUUUGCCUCGAAGAUUUGAGCUAAAUUCUCCUCUCAAUAACUACAAUAGGUUCACUUUUUAUACUCCAGAUCCAGUUGUUGGGUAUACAGACUAUCCUUUUCUUGAUGACUAAAAUUUUCUCUAUACUUACAAGUGAGUGAGUAGAUUGAAUGUCAUUGUUGAAGAGAAAAGUGGGAGAAUACGUGCAAUUUAUCUCUGAUUGUACCCUCUGUAUUUCAUAAAAGAUUAUGUAUCAGAUUAUAUUUUUAAUGUUCUUGAUCAA